AUGUUCCACGAUCCUCACCACAACAUUGGUCUAAAACUUACGAGCACCAUUCUUACACACGCCGUCACACGUGUGACGAAGCAGUACACUUACCUCCUCCUAUAUAAAGCCCUCAUAGUGCUUCUCUACCCAUCAUCUCCAUCAACAAUCUCCAACUACAAAAAAACUCGACUCUCUGAGCUCUCACCUACUACUAAACAAAAACCAAAGCUAGCUCUCCAGUACUUCUACUUCGUACGGUUAAUUCGCAUUGAAUUCAGUGCAAUGGCGGCAGCUCUAUCCACAUCUCCACUGUUCAACAUCGACUCCGACUCCGUCGACGUCGACAAACUCAGCCACGAGAUCUUCUCCAUUCUCGAGAACAAGUUCCUCUUCGGCUACGACAUUGAUAACGCUACCACCACCACCACCACCACCACCACUCCUCUUCAUCACAUGAAGUCUAGCAAGCACAUCACCGGCAAGGUUAGAAUCUUAACCAUCGACGGCGCCGGCGCCACCGACGGCAUUUUGGCCGCCAAGUCUCUCGUUCACCUCGAAUCCUGCAUCCGCCACAAGUCCGGCGACUCCACCGCCGCCGUGUCUGACUACUUCGACGUUGUUUCUGGUUCCGGUGUCGGUGGCGUUCUCGCGGCUCUGCUGUUUACUAAAGCGGCAGAUGGAUCCGGCCGGCCGGUGUUCACUGCUCAGGGGGCACUCAACUUCCUUCUGGAAAACCGAAGCAAGAUUUUCAAGUCGUCUCCGGCGGGGGUCUUCCGGCGAGUUUUCCGGCCGGCGAAGGCGGAGAAGGAGAGGGAGAGGCUCUUCCGCAAGACGUUUGGUGACCAGUUGACUAUGAAGGACACCCUUAAGGCGGUGUUGAUUCCCUGCUACGACAUGUCGUCCCGCGCGCCUUUUCUGUUUUCGCGCGCCGACGCUGUGGAGAUGGACAGCUACGAUUUCAAAAUGAAGGACGUGUGCACCGCGACGUGCGCGCACCCGGCUGCGGUGGGGGCUGUGGAGGUUAAGUCAGUCGACGGGAGAACGAAGAUCAUGGCCGUCGACGGCGGAAUUGCCAUGAACAAUCCGACGUCCGCGGCUAUUACACACGUGUUGAAUAACAAGCAAGAGUUUCCUUUCUGUUCUGGUGUGGAGGAUCUCUUGGUGGUGUCACUCGGAAAUGGAGAGUCGGAGUUCGGAAACUUGUCGCCUUCUGGCUGCUUGAGAAUCGCUGGCGAAGGAGCUUCCGACUUGGUUGAUCAAGCUGUUUCAAUGGCAUUUGGGCAAUCCCGGACCAGCAAUUAUGUUCGCGUGCAAGCCACCGGCAUCAUCGCCAAAAACCCUGCACGGAUGGACCACUCCAACAACAACAAGAAGAACACCAACACAGACAUAUUGGCUUUGACAGACGAAAUGCUGGAACAGAGGAAUGUGGAGUCGAUUUUAUUCGAGGGGAAGAGAAUGGUGGAGAGCACGAACUUGAAGAAGUUGGAGUUGUACGCCGGCGAGGUGAUCAAGGAAGAAGAGAGGAGAAAGACGAGCAUUUUGCCGACGGUGGCUUUGAAGCAGACUUCAGGGUCGCCAGCCAGAACAUCAUCUGCUACCACACUAUCGAGUCUGUCAUCGUCGUGUUGAGUGAUUAGUACUAGUCUUUGAUUUAUUAAGGGCGAGUUUGUAUGAUAUUCGCAGCCGCUCGCGGUGGUGAUUAAGGAAAUCAGACACCGGAGUCGGGGCUGCAAGAGUGCGUUUGAGCUAUGUAAACUUAUGAUAGAGUGGUGUGGGAGUGGUGUAUAGGGGAAUUUAAUUAGCAUGAGGGUAACUAGCUAAUAGUGCAGAGUAAAAUCAUAUUGGGAGAGGUUUCGAUGUAAUAUAUGAUUUGAUCCCUUCGAUUGGGGUCCUUAUUGUA